AUGGGUGAGCCGGUUAAGGUGAUGAGCACUUUCGGCAGCAUAUACGGCCACCGUCCGGAGGUUGCCCUGAGGCUCAAGGGCAUACCUUACGAGCUGCUCCUCGAAGACCUUCCCAACAACAAGAGCGAGCUGCUGCUGACGUGCAACCCCGUCCACAAACUGGUUCCCGUGCUCCUUCAUGGCGACAGAUCCAUCUGCGAGUCGCUCAUCAUCGUCGAGUACAUCGACGAGGCCUUCAAGGGGCCGCCGCUGCUACCGGCCGAGCCGUACGAGAGGGCCACGGCCCGCUUCUGGGCGCAGUUCAUCGACCAAAAGUUUGCUAGGCCGUUCUGGAUGUCGAUAUGUAUGGCGGAUGGUGACAAGGAGGAGGAGGAGGAGGACUUCUUGAAGGAGGCCAAGGCGAAUCUGCUGCUUCUCGAGGGGCAGCUCAAGGGGGAAGAGGAGAUUUCUGGGGUGGAUCUGCUCACCGAUGAGAAGUUCCCUGCUCUAAACCGAUGGGCGAAAGAAUAUGCUGGCGACGAGCAUGCUAAGGAGUGCCUGCCGAACAAGGAUGAACUGGUUGCCAAGUUCACUGCAGUGAAGAAGAAGUUUCUAGCAAUGGCAGAGGUUCAGAAGUGA